ACAACACCGGAACUGCUGAAAAGUGAACUUGUUUCCUCGGGCUUUAUAUAAGUGAAACACCAAUUGUUUACAGGCGGUUUGUCCUGCACUAGUUUUUAAACAUAAAUAUUCCGAGUCAGCAGUAAGUUAUAUCCCUCUGUGGUGACAGCUAAGAAAUAUUGUCCACAGGCGUUUUUGUUUUGCGGAAAACAGGCACUUUCUGACGUGUUGAGUCCCAGACGACUCCUUAUUGGACAUAGCGUGCACUACACAGGGUGCAAGAAGGCAUUACUGGAUAACCUUAAGCUCAUCCGUAGACUCUGUGAGAUCAGAUACCUCAUUACAAAACGACUACUUUGUGUUAGACGGCGAAAUUGCUGAUAGAAUUCUUCGUUUUACUUGUACAUUAAUGUAAACUCUGUAACAAGUAUGCAGCUGGGGAAGUUUUUGUACUUUUAAUAAAUGAGCAGAUCUGCAAUAGCAUUUGACAUGCCGAAGUAAGGCGUUUUGGAAAAAAAAAAAAGGUUGUAAGGUACUUUAAGGUUUUGUCCUUUAUCUUGUAACAGUAACAGUAAUUGCAAAGCCUGAUAUCUGUAUCAGCAUGAGUUUGCGGAUUGUGCUGCACGUGCACAGCUGUGUCCGGCUCGUGUCCACGCGCCAGGUCCACGAGCUCUCCUCCCUGCGCCGGGUCUCCCUGCUGCCGGACAGGAAGCGUCUGGGGCUCCUGUAUCCGUUCAGCAGUCUGGAGGCGCACCUGUCACCACAAAUAGACAAGACACGCUUUCAGCUCUUCCAACCCGACCUGGAAGCCCUCGAGUGGGCAGAGAGACUUUUCACUCCAUCACCUAAACACCAGAUAGCCUACUCCUCCUCAGCUGUGCGCAUAGACCACAUGCCUGACCUCACACAGCCAGAGGUGUGUUUCAUAGGCAGGAGCAACGUUGGCAAGUCCUCUCUCAUCCGGGCCCUGUUCUCUCUCGCACCAGAGGUUGAAGUACGGGUUUCCAAAACACCAGGGCACACAAAAAAGCUGAAUUUCUUCACAGCGGGGAAAGCGUUCACUCUGGUCGACAUGCCUGGAUAUGGAUACAGAGCCCCAGAAGACUUUGUAGAAAUGGUCGAGCCUUACCUUCAAGAGCGAAAAAAUCUUAUGAGGACGUUCUUGUUGGUGGAUGGAGGGGUAGGGCUACAGAAGUUUGAUUUGGUAGCUGUGGAGAUGUGUGAAGAGUUUGGCAUUCCCUAUGUGCUGGUGGUGACUAAGAUAGACAAAACACGUCAGGGGGCUCUGCUUUCCCUCCUCCUGCAGCUCCAUGAUUUUAUCAAGGAUAAAACAAACACGUGUUUCCCCCAGCCCUUUCUUGUGAGUUCUGUGCACUACUCAGGCAUACACCUCUUCAGGUGCUUCAUAGCACAUGUGACAAGAAACCUCCAGCUGAGCUCCAAACCCACCUGAGAUCCAUAUAAAGGGAAAAAACACAAAUGACAAGAGACUAUGCUGAUCUGAUCCAGACGUGCCAACAUCUGUGUUUUGGCAGCUGGCAGAGGUGCUGGCAGACGUGCCAACAUCAUCUGCCUGGGUUUCGGCAGCUGGUAGCUGUUCAGACCAAGCCUGGGUCAAAGCAUUUUUUGACUCCUUGCUUUGGCAAUAUGGGCGAUACCUGAAAACUCUGAAAACAAAUAAAGGUUCUACCUUUUUAGCAAGACAAAAGCUAACCCCAAUCAA